CCGGCAACUCGCCGCAUCUCCAACACACAGCAACUCAAAAGCAAGCAACUAAUUUAACUUAUACAGCCACCAACAGAAAAAGCCAACUAACAUGAAGAACUUGGCACUACCCGUUCUCUUCCUCCUUUCUUUCCUCUUCGUUGUAGCUAACGUCAGCGAAGCAGCCGGAAUCACCUGCCCUACUGUUACCUCUAAGGCCGUUACUUGUGCCGGAUUCGGCACCGGCCAUGCUCCGUUCCCUGCCCCUGCUUGCUGUGCCGGGCUGAAACAGCUAGCAGGGAUGGUUAGAACGUUGGAUGACAAGAAGGCCAUUUGUCGGUGUCUCAAGGCCACUUCCAAGUCCAUGGGAGUGAAGGAUCAGUUCCUGAGCAGGAUCCCUUCAGCAUGCAAGAUCAAUGUCGGGUUCACUGUCUCGGUCAACACCAACUGCGAGACGAUCCAAUAAACAGCAGCAGACGAAGUGGAGUGUGGAUCAGAAGGGGGAGGGACUUCGGUUGCGGCCCUUACCAGUUUGUAGCAGUUAGCCAGUGUCGAGUUGAAUAAAACAUAGAUGAGGGG